AUGAAGGUUCUAACAAAGGUGGUUCGAGAGGGUCACUCGGAAGUAGCUGAUAAUCAGGAUCAGCUUCUUCGUCAUUUGAAUGAACAGGAUGAGAAGCACAAAGACGUCAUAGUGGCGAUCCGUGAAUUAAGUGUCAAAAUGGAUGACAUUAAGACUAUUUUGGAGCAGUGCCCCCAUAAUCGUUGUAAUCGCCCCCGUACUAACACCCCUAAUCCUUAUGCACGUGGAGGCCGUGGUGGUGGUGGUCGUGGUGGUGGUGGUCAUGGCAGUGGUGGUCCAGAAGGUCCUUUUCGUAACCACUAUCAACCUUCUAACAGCGGUAACAACUACACUCCAUCCAACAGCGGUGGUAGCAACCAAAAUCAACCCCGUGUCUAUGCAGGUGGAAACAGGACCGACAGUUCCCCCCAUGUCACUGUCCACAACAAUGUCAUAAAUAAUGGUGGUCGAUCCAGGGCUGAGUUUGGUGUUCACGGCGACUCAGUUCCCAGUGGUGUCACCAUUGAUGUCGCAGAUUUGACCGGUCCUGGAUAUGGAGUUGCUCCAAGUGGUUCCAGGAAGCAUCGAAUUUCUGCCUUGACUAAGGCCAAGAUCACGGAAAAAGAGCGACAGGCACUUCUCCGGCAACAGCAGCUUGAAGUUGCGCGUCUUGAAAAGCUUGAACAAGAACGCAAUGAGCAGCUUGAAAGGGAAUGGGAACGUCGUAAUGGAGGUCCCAGUGGUCCGACCAUAAAUGAUCCGAUCCCCCCGGUACUCGAACUGGCAGGUUUGGAAACCUCCGUUUCUAAAUGGCCACAAUUUGUUACCCAGUGA